GUCAGAGCGCGUAGCCUCUAGCUUCCACUGUCCUUCUAUUGACAGCUUUAGGUAAAAACGUUUGAUUUUGUCCUUUUAAUCAGCGUUUUUGCUUUCAUAAAUUCUUGUAUACGUAAUGGAUUUUCAAAAUCCUUUUUCGGCGCUCUCGGAGCCAGCGAAUGGUGCUCGAAACACAGAAAUUGAGCUAGAGGAGCAUGAAACAGACCAAAUUUUAUUCACAGGAUUGCAAUUGGGCACAACUGUGUCGCUUUUUUCUGGAGCUGUGGGUGACAAAAUUACCGAGACAGCCGUUUUGUUCGCAGUGAAUGGAACCAAAAAACUUUUUGUUGCUGGCGGUCCUUCUGGGCUCGUUCUCGGUCCAUGUGUUUCUCUUCAAUCGUUUCUGUCGAACGCAGAACGUAAUUCAGAGAAAAUCGAAGUGAACGACAUUUCGGAUGUGGUCAAAGUAGACAUUCCCAACGCUUCUCUCACUCAUGUUGGAUACUCUGCUUCGGGUGAUUAUGUUGUUGUUGCCGACAAAAACUCUGGCGUUUCUGUAUAUAGUACGAGUGCCUUGAUGUCUAAAAAUGUUUCUCCUCUCUGGCAAGAUUCUAGCUUAAAUGUUUCCCAUUUACUUCCCAACCCGGAUUUUAACGAAUUCACUGGAAUUGUCACGAAUGAUCGUAGUUUUUACGUGUUGAACGCUAACGGGUGGCAGCUUUCAGAACCUAUUGCAACAAAUGUCAGUGCGGCCUGCUGGUCCCGCCGUGGAAAACAGAUUGUUCUUGGUUUGAUGGAUGGCUCCCUUCAUCAGUACACACCUUUGGGUUCAAAAAAGGCCGAGUUUAUGAAGCCAGACUCGCUGAAUAAUGUGUAUGUUGAAAGCAUCUGUUGGUCUGAUAAUCGAACAUUUGCAGUUUAUUACGCACCUGUUGCAACUCUCAAUUUAGAUCCCUCUGAGGAUAAUGUUCACGAAAGCAAACUUUACAUUGUGAAGCCCUCUGUAACAGGUGCGGUUGAAUAUGGAUUAGCCGAAGAUCCGUGUCCUCCCUUUGGCAUGACUUCAAGACGAAGCUAUCAUUUCUUUGGAAGUUUAAAAUCAUGGAAACCAAAACUGAAGAGUUUAAUUGUAGUUGCUGGAACUGGCAGUGCGGAUGUAGGAGUCAUGGCUUACUUUCAAGACUCUGAGCAAUGGCAAACAUUGAGUAUUACCGAUGAGACUCAACGUGCUUCUCUACCCUACUCAUCUACAACAGACUCAGACACUUCUCCCAUUGGUAUGUGCUUCGAUUUUUCUGCAACAGAUCGGAUAGAAAGACCAUUGGGUGCUCUCGCUGAUCCGGAAUCUUCGCCCUCUAUGCCAAUUCUCUGGGUUUAUAACAACGAAUGUCAGCUUAGUGGUUAUCGGGUGCUGUACAAAGAUGCCGUGCUGGAUGGCUCCAGUUAUGAAGAAAUGUCCGGCGUUGAGAAACCGGCUCGGACAGUUGAAUUUACACCUUCGGGAGCAAAUGCUUUUGAGCUUUCUUCUUCGCCCGCCAAUCUUUCCUUCGCUUCUUUUGGCGUAAAACCGAAUGCCAGCUCGCUUUCCGCCGUGAACACUGCACCGGCUUUCGGAACUUCUACAGCGUCUCCUUUGCCCAAUUUAGCCAAAACCUCCUUCAUGCAACCGUCUCCUCUCGCUCAGUCAUCUACCUUUGGUCAAACUGCCGUUUUUGGUCAAACUUCUUUUACUCAAUCUCCGCUGACUAAUAUAUCUUUUAGUAAGGAGACAAAACCUUUUGCUUCCUCCUCGGCCUCCAAGUUUGGAAUGUUCGCAGCUAAGACCACGGCUUUUGAAAUCCCUAAAGACAACGAAGCGCAGUCCCUCUUUUCGGCCCCAACGACCACGAGUUCGGUGUUUAGUAGUAAACUUGCGCAACCCGCACCUGAGACAAAAGUUGUUGAGUUAGACGAAGACGUGGAAAGUGAUGUUGAAGAAGUUUCUAAGGUGGACAUACUGGCAAACGAUGAGAAAGAACCUACAAUCACAGGAAAUGGGGUCUCCUUUGACGGGGAUAAGUUUGCUCAAAACAUGAACACGGCGUUCACGUCUGUUUUUGACAAGUCUAAAAAUACGAAGGAAAGUGAAAAACCUACUGGGUUUUUUCAUUCUAUUCCGGAUUCUAGUAAGAAACCACUCGCUUUUUCUAAUGCCCAAAAUGGCGUCAGCUCCUUUGUACCCCCUUCCAGUCCUUUCUUUGCUGGAUUUGGUUCCAGUACCAAACCGUCCGCUUUUGGAACCCAAAAUGAUAUGAGCCCUCCUGCGUCCCCUUCACCCGCACCUACGUUUCCUAAGACUGCAGCAAGUAGCAGCGCCCCUCUUGGUCUACUUUCAUCCACGGGAAACACAGCAUUUUCGAACGUGCCGGCAUCCAGUGAUUCGAAACCAGCUUUUACUUUCUCUUCUCCUUUUGCUAAUGCUGUGGAAAACAAACAAGAGGAAAUUCAAUCGACUGCAUCAGUACCUGAAGAUACCGUGAAGGUUGAUAAGACUGAAGUUUUUGGAACUGCAGCGAAGACAGAAACAAAGUCGGGUACUAGCGAAAGUCUUGAAAAAGAGGAAAGCAAAACCGAGACUAAGGGGAUGGGUGAAUCUGUCUCUUCUAAGCAAAAUUCUACCAAAGCUACUACAGAAAAAGCGUCGGAAGAGAAGCCUCUGUUCUCUUUCAAACUUAACGAGGAAAAAACUUCGCCUUUCGCCUCAGCCGGUGCCAGUGCUUUUCAGUCUACCUUUCAAAAUAAAAAUGAACCAAGCGUCGCGGCUUCAAAGUCCUUGUUCAACUUCACAAAACCCGGCGCGGAACCCGCAGGAAGCAAACCAAUGUUUUCAUUUCCUUCAGCAGCAACUACUAAUCAAGCGGCACCAGCUUCUUCAUCUUCGAGUGUCACAACGGAGCAAAAGUCCGCGUUUUCGUUCGGUUCCGCGACUGCAUCUAAUCAGCUUACUGUCAAUAAGCCUGCUGCUUCCUCUGUAUUCAGUUUUGGAGCAAAGGCAACAGAGAAUAUUUUUGCCAAAAAAGCCGAUGAAUCUGGAAGCACAGAGAACUCCGAGGAUGAGAGCGCAGCCUCAGAUACGGAACAGCUUUAUGAAGAUGAGGAGAAGGCUGAAAACGAGCUCCCUGAAGAAGAAGCAGACAGCACUUCAGCGAGUGAAUCUGAGGAACAAAGUGAAACAUCCGAAGAUGAAGAAGCUGUGGAAUCGCCUGCUGAGAAUCAGGCUACAAUUUUGCAGGAGAUUAUUUCCUUGCCUGCUGUUAAAUCUAAAUCAAAACCGAAACCAAAAUUGAGAAAACCCGUUGAACUCCUGCCGCUGCUUUCACUGCAAGAUGCCGAUAAGCAGAAGAGUGUGUCCGCUAGUGGAAUGGCUUCUGCAUUCGAAGACUUGUACUAUCAACUGAAUGCCGAAAUGGAGGUUCUUUCUAAGAAUAUACAGACUUUACAUGCUUAUGUGACCGAUCAACAGAGUUACAUUUCAAGUGCCAAUGAACCACCGAGCAUGACUGGUCUCGAAAAAUUACAAGAAAAAUUGGAGGUCUUAGUAGGAGAAGCCGAGGAAUCCCGCAUAGAAAAGAGCAAGGCCGAAAAGGAAAUGGCAUUUAUUGAGUCUUCAAUUGUUCGGAUAAACGCCAAAAAGGUACAAGUGGCUCGAUUAGCGAAAGCGCAUUCGGACCCUUCCUUCCAACACAUGGUUCAAAUUCGUCAACUAGGACCUGAAGCGUUACGGAAACAAUUGGCACUUCGCUUAAAAAUGGAAAAAACUCAAACGCAGUUGGCAAACUUAGAGAAGGAAAUGGCUGCCGUCCGUGUUCAUCAUCCUGUUGAUGGUCGUGCUCCCACGACCACUUCUCUGAUGGUUGCUUAUUGUCGUCUGUCCGCUCUUCUUGCUCAACGCGAAAAAGAACUGUAUCUAGUUGAAGACCAGCUCAAACGUAUACGCAAGGUUUUACCCUCCUGUCGGGCAGAUCAGUCGACCGUACUAUCAUCAAGCUUCCUUUCGAUGCCUCCCUCAAUGAUUUCUCAAGUUGGUGAAUCUUCGCCUGCUGCGUUAUCUCCAGCAGAGAUAAAGCGACAACGUAACUUCAGACGCUACGUCCACAAAAAGCUUUUCCAAAUGGAUGUGGAAUCAUCAAAGCCCAUCCUCGAAUAAGCCAGCGACCAUCCGACAAACAUUCCUGCUGAUGGAAGCAGAACUACAAAGAUCCUCGAGAUUGGGGAAUGUUUCUCUUGUUGUUCUACGAAUUCAAUAGGCAGGUAGAGACUGCGUGUUCAAUUUGCCUUUUCAUUUUUGUUCCCUCUAUAGCUUUCUGUAUGCUUUAAUGUCAUCGUUAGAGAACGCUAAUAUUCGUUAAGUAGGUUAGUGUUGGAUAACGUGCGAAAUAUGUGAGCCCUGGUGUGAG